AUGGAUACGCUAUUCAAACUCAAAGACACCUUCGUUCACUUCCUUUCCCCAGCUGCGAAGCGCCGUCGCACAAUUGGUCCUGGCACUCCCUCCACUUCAAAAGACCAUGAGUACCUUGCCCCUCUCUCCGAGCCUCGAGGCAGAAAGGCACAAGCAGCUACCUUUGAUCACCUCAAUUCAAAGUACCCGACCACACCACAACCCAAGAACCCCAGAAAGCGCGUUCGUGAGGAUGACGAGGAGGGGAUUGUCAUUUCGCCAGGCGACUCGGUCUCUCAAGUUUCGACCGCUGGUACCGAAGGAAGUUUAACCAGCUCAGCGAUCAAUAGCGAGGAAUUGGAAGAAAAUUCCGAGGAGGAGGGUCAGCAUGACAUCGAGUUCGAUGCAGAAGAUGAAGGCGGAGAAGGGGAUGCGGAGGAGGGUAGCGACGCGGUGAUGGAAGAGGAGGAAUACUCCGAGGAGGAAGAUGAGGUUGACUUGGAGGCUCAAGAAGCUGCAGCAUCUGAGGCGAAGGUCCAGGAAUACUUGGCAAGACAAAAGGAGUUUGAGACAAUUCAGGAGAAUAUUUUGAAGGCCAAAUCCGAUGCUAGCUGGCACCCAGAUGCUCUCUUCCUGUACGAGAGAUUGGCCCUUCGCAGUUUCGAGCCACUCAUUCCCAGUGAUUGGCGGAUCGACUUUCCAACUCUCCCCGAGGUUCUGUUCACUGAUGAAGAGGAGAACACUUUUGUCAACUCCAAUUGUCUCCCCAGCUACCGAGGAAUCAAAGCUCUUCAAGCACUUAUCACCCUUGGAAUUCGUGUCCGCGACAAGCUCAGUGUUGGCGGCUAUCCAGAGAAGAUGGUAGCAAAGGAGAUUCAGAAUUACAUCAAAUGGGCCGAGAGAGAUGGUGGCUAUCAAAAGAAGCGCUUCAUCCCUGUUCACACAGUUUUGGCAGCUCGUUCGUCCCAAACCGCUGGUUUCAUUGGCGUAGCUCUUGCCAGCCAGAUGAAAUUCCUUGCCGAGCAACACAUGGUCAACCUCAAGAUCUCAGAUGAUGAUUCUGGAGGGGUAGCAAAAUAUUCUAGAUCGUUGCCACUUCUCUAUGGCUUGGUCGUCGCUCAAACCAAGGUCAUCCUCGUCACUCACAAUUCCGCUGAGCCUGAUUCCGAAUCCAAGGUUCUUGCAACUCUUGAUUUGACCAAUAAAGACAUGGAUGUUUGGAAUGGGUUCGCUAUCGCAUUCAUGAUCAUUGCCUCGAGGAAUUACAUAAUGUCGAUGAAAGAUGAGCUGGAACCAGACAACACGAUGACCGACGAUGAAGAUGCCUGA